ACUGCACCACACCGCUCUGGUCACACUGGCCCCACGAACAACUGAACAAGAGUAGCAGGAAAAUCGAACAACUUUCUUUUUCCCCUGCAGUGUGUGUGUGCAUGCAAAAAUACAAAGUGCGCAAAAUAGCUUAAAUCAGCUAACCGAUUCGACUCGAACGUGGAUUAAUUGUCCAGCGGCACCGACGCCCCGUCCACCGCCAGUCGCCCACGCAAAAAAAAUUGCCAAAAACACCUACGCGCAGGCAAUUAAGACCGUGUGAUUGAUUGUGUGUGCGUGUGCCCGCGAGUGUGUGUGUGUGUGCGUGUGUAGUGCUGCUGGGCAGUAAACAUUUUCUGGUGAAAAUCGGGGGAAAAUGAAGAAAAUCCUGUCCAAGUUCGAGCGCAAUGAGAACUCGCGACUGGAGAACCCGCCCAACAGCAGCAGCUCGUCAUCAUCGAACGAGAAGAACAGCUUUGUGGGCAAGGUCUUCACAGUGGGACGCGUCACGGUCACCGUGGAGGAUGUCCUGGCCGAAGGUGGCUUCGCCAUGGUUUUUUUGGCCAGGGGAAACGGUGGAGGCAGUGCCUCGGCGACCAAGUACGCCCUGAAGCGAAUGUACGUCAACAAUGAGCACGAUCUGAAUGUAGCCAAGCGCGAAAUACAGAUUGCGAGCAACCUGAGUGGGCACAAGAACAUCAUCGGCUAUGUGGACUCGAGCAUCACGCCCACCGGGAACGGGGUGUGCGAGGUGCUUCUCCUGAUGCCCUACUGCAAGCAUCACAUGCUGGCCAUGAUGAAUGCAAGAUUACACGUUGGCUUCACGGAGCCGGAGGUGCUCAACAUCUUCUGUGAUAUUGCCGAGGCGGUCUCCCGAUUGCACUACUGUCAGACCCCAAUUAUUCACCGCGACCUGAAGGUGGAGAACAUCCUGCAGACGGACUCUGGAAACUUUGUACUCUGCGACUUUGGCUCUUCGACGGCCAAGACGCUGAAUCCCCAGCAGCAUGGAGUGACGGCGGUGCAGGAGGAGAUCCAAAAGUACACCACAUUGUCUUAUCGAGCUCCGGAGAUGAUCGAUCUGUACGGGGGAAAGAGCAUCACUACCAAGGCAGACAUCUGGGCACUUGGCUGCAUGCUCUACAAGCUGUGUUUCUUUUCCCUGCCUUUUGGGGAGAGCACACUGGCCAUCCAGAAUGGGCAGUUCUCCAUUCCAGACACUUCGAAGUACUCGAAGGGCAUGCACCAACUGAUAAAAUACAUGUUGGACACGGAUCUGGAGCGGAGGCCAAACAUUUGGCAGGUCUGCGAGGUUGCGUUUCGGUUGGCCGGCAAAGAUAAUCCCGUACAAAACCUGCAUAAAACUCCCAUUCCAAACUUCGACUUGCUGGUGGUGCCUCCGUUUGAAUCGGAGGCCAAGAGAAUCAGUGCGGCGGCCUCAAAAGCGGCUAAGGCCCAGAAUGUGUCGGUUGUGGAGGCGGGCACCAGCGUAGCUCCUCGUUCGCGGCCCAAGGGCUCCUCCUCGGUGCACGGAGGUAAUCCUCUGGGUCUCGGCUUGCCUCCCAGCCCCUCGCCAAGGCAGAACAUCACCUCUCCACAGCCUCAACCCCAACCUGUGGUGGAACAGUUCCAGGCCAACUUCCCAGCCAUGGCUCCAGCAGUUCCGCCACCUCCCCAGGCGGUUACGCCUGCAGCUCCUGCUCCUAGUAAUCUAUUCGAGACAAGUGGCUAUCCAGAUCCCUUCAAUGAGCCAGAUUCGGCAGUAAUUCCAGCUGAAUUCAUACCAGCAGCAGAAGAGCCCAAUAAGGAGGAGGUGGCACAGGAUUUGUCUGUUGCUGGUGGAACGCCCACAAAGAACAUGCUGACGCCUCCGAAACCCAGCGGUGGCGGCGGUCAUAGACGAAAUGUUAGCGACACCUCGGCCUUUAAUAAAACUUUUGCCAAUGAGACAAGUCAGUUUCUGGCCCCGUUUAACAAUAACUUGGCUGCCAUGGGUGAUGGACCCCAGACUUUGGCCAGUGCUGCCUCAAAUCCUGGGAUAUAUGCAUCUGCAUCGGCGAACUCUGCUGCGGUAUCGAUUAGUGAACUAAUGAUGAAACCAGGACAAACGGCGGUGGAGAAGCGAGUGGAGGCCUGGAAUCCGUUUGAGGAGGAGCAGCCCUUCAGCCAGAUGACAGAGGAUCACAUCUUUGAGGCAGAGUUCGACAAGAUUCGUCAAAGAGGAAGUCAAGGAAGUAUCACAGCAAAAUCGGCUUCCACAACUUCUACGCUGACGCCCACGGAGCAGAAUCCCUCGGCGGCUGUGGCUCCCAUUUCAGCUGCUCCUCCAGCUGCUCCUCCGAUCGCAGCCGCUGUAUCGCCGCAUCCACCGCACGUUUCGGAGGAUCCAUUCGGAUCGGCGCCAUUCAGUUUGCCACCCGGACUGCGCGAGAAGGCGAGCUCGCUGCGCAAAACCGGAGCGAAAUUCAUCGGCGUUUCCUCCGGCGGAUCGGGAGGCGGCGUGUCCACGCCCAUCAGCCUGGUGACAGGCGGAGCUAACACCGCCACCUCAUCCAACUCAUCGAAGUGGCUGCUGUCCCCCACUUUGGAGGUUUCCAGCGAGGAGAAGACCUCGCUGAUCAGCAAACUCAAAACCGAUUCGGAAGGUGGCCUUCCCGGAGGUGUCGGAGGAUCUGGGGAUGGUGUCUCUGGCUAUGUCAAGCUCCCCCUAGACGAUCGCAACAAGUACGAGAAGCUGCGCAGCAAGGAUCAGCCCACUUCCGAUGACUCCGAUUCCGAAGGUUCCGAGUUCUUUCAGCAAGACAGCGACGAAGGAGGUGGCGGCAUCUUCAAGCAGAUGCAGCUGGUGACCAGCAAUCUGCCGGAGACCAUCCACAAGAUCCAACAGGUGGCCUAUCACAAGGUGGACAAGACGGCCCAUCUACCGAUUGUGAAGAAACUUCGCGACAAGACCAAGAAACCCACAACAGCUGCGCACCAGGCGGCCCAACAGCUGAAUCUCAUGGCCGCCGCGGUGGCUGCCCAGGCUGAAGAAGCCGCCAAGGCGGCGGAGUCGGACGGGGAUUCCAUUGGAUCGGCCAGUGAUCUGCGGGCCGAAGAUGACGACCUCUUCGACGAGAAUCCCCGCCAGACGCAGGCCAAGCUGCGUCGUCCUCUGCCUACGGAAAUGGAUGGCAUUAGCGAGUCGGUGAAGACCUGCAGCAGUUCGGCCUAUCAUGCCGAAUGUGAGAGCGUGACCACCCACGAGGACGAUGUGCGGAGCAGGGUGGUGGUCAAAGUGCGGAUGAGGAAGAAGGACAGGAGUCUUGUGGCUGGCAAUGGAGACCCAAGUGUCCCAUCCGAGGAACUAAGUCCCACUUCCAGCGAUCUGCUGCACAAGUUCGGCGAUCGUCCGUUGCUGCUGGACGAUGAACUGGACUAUGGUUCGGGAGAAAGCAAGAGCAGCACAGAAUCUCCACUGGCGGCACCACUUCCACCAAAUGCAGAGUUACUCGAAUCCGAGGAAGAUGUGUUUGCCCUGGCCCCGUUUAAGUUGCCCGUCGGUGUGCCUCUCAAGAGGAAGAGUAAACCCAAGGCUAAGCCCAAACCCUCGGAAUCCGAAAUGUGGACUUCUACACCCGUUAAAGCUGCCGGGGCCGGAGAUCCCGCGACCAAUUUCGCCAACUUUCCAGCCCAGCUAACGCCCACAAAUCAAACGGGGAACUCCCCGCAGCUAGAUGAGUUCAACGAACCCAUUUUCAAUCCCUUCCAGGAGAACUCACAGAAGCCGGAGCUGGUGGAAAACAAUCAAUGCGAUCUGUUUGGCUUGGAGCCAUUUCCGCAGGUAAUUCGUACCAUCGAACAGAAUCCACAGCACCACCAGAUCCACCACUUUCCCAGCCACAACAACAACCACAGCCACAACAAUAACAAUGUGAUCAAAGUGCCCGCCUCCGUGUCUGUGUCUCUUCCUGCCUCCGUUCCCGUGUCCGUUUCUGUUAAUGUGUCUGCCCCACAACUGGUGACCAUCAAUCACUCGAUUAUUAUCAACAAAACGCCGGAGCCACCGAUGAACUAUAACAAUAAUAAUAAUAAUAAUAACAAUAGCCAGAUGGUUAAGUCGAGUGGCACCAGCAGUGUCUAUGUGAAUGUGCCGUCUUACUCCAGCAUUAGCACCAGUUCCAGCUCCAUUAACCAGCCACAAUCCUCACCAGCAGCUGUAAUUCCGGUUCCGGUUCCGGCACCUGUUCCAGCUCCAGCUCCAGCUCCUGCCCAACCCGUUUCCAUAACAGUUCCUGCUCCAAUUCCAGCCGCCGCCACCCAUCUUCGUCCAUUGCUGCCCAUUGCCGAUAAUGCUUAUGUGCAAAUCUCCCAAGAUCGCUGCUCCGAUUUCACGCCGGACGACGAGGAGGAGCCCGUGGUGCUGCGUGGUGCCGAUGUGGUGGCCGACGGAAUCGGUGUACCGGCCGCUGGGAAGGCCAAGAAGGAGAAGUCCCAUCUGGCUGUGAGGGUGCUGCCCGGCAAGCUCACCCAGAAGGUGAAGGGCCACUCGUACAAGAAAGUAAGCGCUGCCGCCCUUGGAUCCACCAGUUCGCUGAGCUCGGGCAGCAAGCAGAAGCACCAGCGAUUGCAGUACCAGUCCCACGACGAUGACGACGACGAUGACGGCGAACAACACGGUCAGGAUGAGAAUCGGGGAGCAGGUGGCAGUCGCAAUUUCCAAUCGAACACCAUACAAAACUCGGCCAAGACGGGCUUCAGCAACAUGAGCUUCGAGGACUUUCCCUCGGACCAGGAAAUGGAUCGUCUGUCCAGAACCAUCCCCUUCGAGGUGGUUCGGAACGAAAAGAUGUUGCUCGAGGCGGAGAAGAAGUUCGGCUCCCUCAAGAGGCGCAACAAUCUGUUCUCGUAAAUGGGAAGUGUUGGGGAUCAACCAACUAUCAUGGAGACCUGAGACUGAGUGUUUCAAAUUAUUUUGGCAUUUCGUUUAUGCUUUUCUCCGUUCCAAUAUCAAUACAAUCUGUAUUUUUUGAGCCUAGUAUUUAUGCGCGUGUAGCAAUGUUUAAAAGUGGUUAAUAUUACACCAACUACACUACGAUUAUACACACAAAGCAAGAACAAUACCUAUAACUGUUAUUUAGUGCAAAAAUGUAAACUAGAUUUAGAGGCGAAUCAUGUUUUAGAAUUUAUACAAUGCGUAAGUUUACCAAAGUUACAUUUAUGUUUGUGGCAUUUUUCAGCUUGAAAUAUUCCCCGAAUUAUUUAUUUAUACAAAACUAUGUGAUUAUACACCCAAUAAUAACCCCAAAAACAAUUUAUUACUUAAACCAAUUGCAUUCACUAACACCAAGGUAUUUAAGAAUUAAUUAUUCUAUUCGUAUCGAUUGACAUACGCAUCUAUGUUAGUACACCAUUUGUUUUGCAUAUGUAUUAUCUUGACUAUAUAAAAUAUGCCUAUUGUAUUUAUAUAUAAA